CAAAAAAGCAAAAAGAAGAUGCCUAGCAGUAACGAUGAUGAGGAUAUCGCAAAUAUGGAGGAAGGUGAAAAUAAAGCCUCAAGAGGAUCUGGUUUUUGUGGUUCUACUUCCACAGUUCAAAUCAUACAAAAGGUAAUUGCAGAGGUAAUAGGGACAUACAUGGUGGUAUUUGCGGGGUGUUGUUCAGUGGUUCUGAAUGUGUUAGAUGGGAGGGUCACAUUUCCUGGGGUGUGUAUAGUUUGGGGUUUGACGGUGAUGAUAAUGGUUUACGCGGUGGGGCACAUCUCCGGCGGCCACUUUAAUCCGGCUGUGACCGUGACGUUCACCAUGUUCCGGCAGUUUCCUUGGAGACAUGUACCACUGUACAUAAUAGCACAGGUGGUGGGAUCCAUACUGGCGAGUGGAACGUUGUACAUGUUGUUCGAGGUGGACGAUAAGUCGUAUUUUGGGACGUUGCCGUCAGGAUCAAAUGUUCAGUCACUUGUAAUGGAGAUCAUUACUUCAUUCUUGUUGAUGUUCGUCGUUUCUGCUGUUGCCACUGAUACCAGAGCUAUCGGAGAAUUGGCAGGAAUUGCAGUUGGCAUGACCAUUGCUGUAGAUGUCUUCAUUGCUGGGCCAGUGUCAGGAGCAUCAAUGAACCCAGCAAGAAGUAUUGGACCAGCAAUAGUGAUGAACAGAUAUGAGUCAAUAUGGGUGUACAUAGCUGGCCCUUUCAUUGGCACCAUUUUUGGUGGCUUUGCCUACAGCCUCAUUCGUUUUACUAACAAACCUCUCCGAGAAAUCACCAAAGCUUCCAUCUUUAAAAAAACUCUCUCCACCCGCUAAUUCAUUCAUUCUAACCAUUUCCUUUUCAUCCCUUCAUCACUGCAUCAAAUUUUCUUCUGGAGUCAAUUUUGGUGUAAAA